AUGGCAGAUGAUAUGGUUGAAGAAGUAGAAGAAAAGCAGGAAAUUCUGGCCAAGAUAGAGGCCGCUGUGCGUUCUCGCCUUCAAUACUUCAAAGACCAAUCCGAUUCAUUGACAUUGGGAAGUGUGAGGAGAUUAUUGGAGAAGGACUUAGGCCUUGAAAAGAACUCGUUGGACGUGCACAAGAGAUUCAUUAGCCAGUACUUGGAAAAGCAAAUGGAAGAUGCUGAAGAUGACAACUCCAAAAGGACGGUGGAGAAUAUGGAGAAAGAUGCCCAUUUAAAUGAGAUAGAAGAUGGAGAAUCUCCUAAAGAGCACAAAACAAAGAAAGAUCCAAAGGAAGCUAGCAAUGGAGAUGAGGAAACACUGGAAGACUCUCCUGUAAUGGGCCUCUUAGGCAUCAAAUCUGAAGUGGACAAUCAAGGCUCUGUAAUUAGUGAAAGUAGGAUUAAGAAGGCCAUUUGGGAUAGAGCCGAUCACUUCAUGGCCAAUUCUGAGAACAUAACUUUGGUUGGAGUUCGCAGACUUUUGGAGGAAGAUCUUGGACUUGAUAAAAAUACUCUCGAUCCUUUUAAGAAGUUGAUAAGUGAGCAAAUAGAUCAGGUACUAAAUUCAGACAGAGUUUCUAAAAAUGCGAAUCAAGUUAAGAAGAAAAGCUCUGAGAAGUCUCAAAAUAAAACAUCACAAAAGAUAAGCAGUGAAAAAGUUUCUGACUCUUCAGAUGAGGAAAGUGACAAGGAAAAAGACAAAGUAAAAUCAAGGAAGCAGGCUGCUCCAAGGGAAAAGGAUAAGAAACGUAAAAGGUCCAACAAAGAUAGCAAUCCUGCUAACCCUGUCAAGAAACAAAGCACGUGUGCAAAGAGGCCAAAAGAGGAAUAUAUUAAUUCAGAUAAUGAUGGAAGUGUAUCUGAAGAUGGUCAAUCUCAAUCAUCCCUUGGAAAACCUACGAAGAGAAAAGAACAAUCAACUCCUGGAUAUGGAAAACGAGUCGACCAUCUGAGAUCUAUAAUUAAAUCAUGUGGAAUGAGCGUUGCUCCUACAGUUUACAAGAAAGUCAAGCAAGCACCGGACAACAAACGAGAAGCCUUUUUAGUGAAGGAGUUGGAAGGAAUUCUCAAAAGAGAAGGACUAUCUAGCAAUCCUACUGAGAAAGAAAUUAAAGACUGUAGAAAGAGAAAAGAAAGAGCAAAAGAACUUGAAGGCAUUGACAUGAGCAACAUCAUUUCAAGUUCACGCAGAAGGUCAACAAGCAGUUUUAUGGCUCCUAAAUCUAAAGUAGAAACUAAAGGUAAUAAGGAUGAUGUCAAAGCUAGAAAACACAAGGAUAGCAAGGACAAAGAUGGCAAUGACAGUGACAAACACGAAGAAACUAAAGGGGACGAUGAUGUCAAAGCUAUUGAGCUCAAGAAUAACAAGGACAAAGAUGGCAACGACAGUGAUGAAAUGGAAGAAACUAAAGGUGGUGGUGAUGAUGUCGAAGCUAGUAAACACAAGGAUAAAAAGGACAAAGAUGGCAGUGAUGGUGAUGAAUGGGAAGACAAAGUAGAAGAUGAUGAAAAAGUAAAAGGAGGAGAUGAAGAAGAAGAAGAAGAUGAUGAAGAAGAAGAUGAAGAAGAUGAUGAUGAUAGCAGUGAAGAAUUCAAUGAAGACGAUGAGGAAAGCGACUAA